AAUUUCCAGCACACUAUUCACCACUUCCACAUGCACUAAUCACCAUUGGUAGAUCUGCCAACAGUUUUAUGGGAGGCCCACCAUCAAAUAAAAAAGUAUCCUCAUUUUGCUUAUCGGAAUCUAUAGAUUUAAUGGGUUGUUUUGAACUUUUGGAGAGCAAAGGGUUUAAACCACAACCUUAUAAAAACUUUUUCUUUUUCUUUAUAAAGAAAUCGAACCAAACUGUAACCACUGCAUCCGUCCAAUCUAGAUCUAGGGAAAACUCACCAAAGUUAAUGUCAUCUCCACCACCAAAUGAAAUCGAAAUGGAUAAAAUUGACACCCAUUCUAACAUCAAUAAUAUUAAUGUUCCAACGGUAUCCCCAAAUAAUUUAUAUGGUUUUUCUUUAGAUAGACAACCAACAAACCCUACAAAUCAAUAUCUACACCCAAAUUUUUAUCCACAUCUUCAACAUAAUCAACAACAUCAACAACACAACCAGUUUUAUCCAGCUCCAAAGUCCCCAAUUAAUAGUGCCACUCCAAACUCUACACCUACAUCACAAUUAAAAUUAGAAGAGUUUGAAAAGAACCACUCCCUCGUCGUCGUUUAUGAAUAUGGUGUAGUUGUUAGCUGGGACUUACCACAACAUCUUCAAGUUAGAACUUUAAAUUUAUUUGAAAAUUUUCUCCACAAUCCUCUAUCAACUAAAUUGGUCGAUGAAAUGACUUUUGAAAAAGGGAUAGAUGAAACAUGUAUUUUCAAGGAUCAAAUUUUCCUUUCUGACUAUAAUUAUGACACAAAACUUUGCAUCAGCCAUUCUUUAUCGCAAUCGAUUAGGGUCUCACUAUUAGAAGAACAUUUAAAUAAAAUUCUAUAUCUAACUAAAAAUAUUCCAUCCCAACUUGUUAAAAAGGGUACAGUUGGUAUUUCUCAUCCUCAAUUGGGUGUUGUAGUUGGAGGAGUUUUUAAAAUUAAAAAAUCCAUUACAAAAAACUCGACACUCUUUAAAUCUGUCACUUCAAAUUAUUUUAGUCAAAACCCAACUAAUAAACAAGUUUACAAUUUAACUUCAAAUUACUUAGAAAUUAAAGAACGAUCCCACUCAAUUAAUAACAACAUCUCGUCAAUUAACGAUAUGGUUUCAGUUUGUAGAUCAGAAUUGGAAACUAAAAGUUCAUAUAGAUUGGAAAUGACUGUUAUUAUUCUCAUCUUUUUUGAAUUGUUAUUUAUGAUUUUACAAUUUAUUUAUUCAAUUAAAUAAAUAUACUUCAAUAGAAAAAAAGAAAUAAAUAAUAAUUUGAUAAUCAAGGUUAUUUUAUAAUAUAUACUUAUCAAAUUGAUAAAAUUUAAAUUAAAAAUAAUGUAAUAAAUAAAAAAAUUU